CCGUCUCUCUUCAACUCCAUCAUCUCCAUCAUCUCCAUCUCCAUCAUCUCCAUCUCCGAUCAAUCUCUCUGAGAUCUCCCCCCGAAAUCACCGCCGUCUUCCUCCGUGACAGACCCACGUCUCCGGCGGAGCAAUCCGUAGCUGUUCUCGUCGUCCGAUCGCCACCGGAAGGUGUGUAUGGCAAGUCGAUGAUGAUGAACGGCGGCUCCGCAUUCAGCCGGAAGAGGAAGAACAGCCAGCUCGCCGCCGCCAGCAGGCAGUUCUCCGACCGUGACGGCGGCGAGAACGAGCCCGAUCACCACCACCACCACCACCUCGCCCUCUCGCUCUCCAUUUCUCCCGCCCCACAAGACCAGCGACAGUCGGAGCUCCUGUCCGCGAAAUCCCUCUCGCCUCGGCCUGGCAAGCUCGCCGUUCCUCCGAGGCGCCGCAGAGCCGCCCCACGCGGCCGCGGCGGCAGACCCCUGCCGCUGACCCCGGGAGGCUGCGGAGACGGCGAGGAGAGCAUCCCGGCGCCGUUCCCGUGGGCGACGACGCGGCGGGCCACCGUCCACAGCAUGAGCCACCUCCUCGCGAACCGGAUAGAGAGCAUCGCGGGGGAGGUGCAGUGCAGGAGGUGCGAGAGGGUGUUCGAGAUCGAGUACGACCUGAGGCAGAAGUUCCUGGAGGUCGGGGCCUUCAUCGCCGAGAACAAGGGGGCGAUGCACGACCGGGCUCCGCAGGAGUGGAUGAGCCCGGCGCUGCCGCGGUGCGCGUCGUGCGGGCAAGAGAACGCAGCGAGGCCGGUGAUCGCGGGCAAGGACGGGAUCAACUGGCUGUUCCUGCUGCUGGGGCAGAUGCUGGGUUGCUGCACUCUCGAGCAGCUCAAGUACUUCUGCGAGCACACCGGGAACCACCGGACCGGAGCCAAGGACCGGGUCCUGUACUACACGUAUCUCGGGCUGUGCAAGCAGCUCGACCCGACCGGACCGUUCGACCCGUGAACCGACGGAACGGGGACGACGGCCACGAGACCGGGACCCGAUUUGAUUCUUUCCGUUUCGUUUCCGAUCCACCACCUUUCGGGACCGUGGGCGAAGUGUUUGUGAUAAUGACUGUGUAGGGAGAUGUUUCCUAGUGUAG